GGGAACGUCACCCCCACUUGACGGCAAAUACCCUACUAACUCACGGAAGUCACUCUCCGUCAAACCAUCUCAACACACAUUUUCACCUUCUCUCAACGCCCAACACUCUCUUUCCCUAACGUCCUCCACAACGCCGUUCCCUCAAAUCUUAACGCCUUCUCCGUUACCCUUAUGGCAUCUUGCGACGACGACGAUGAUUUCUCUAUCCUCCGAGACGAUAACCACCACUCUCACCAUCUUCACCAAACCUUCGCACCACAUCACCACCACCAUCACCACCACCAUUUCUCCACCGCAUCAGUCCAAUCAAAGCCCGUCGCCGACGAUGAUACCGAUGAUUACGGAAAUCCGUUCGAUGAUGACGCCGGAAGCGAGAAACGUAAAGAUCGAGAUGAGAUCGGUGACGGAACGACGUCGUACGGGUUUAACAAGAGGCCAAAACCGGCUUCUAGCGGAAACGGAGGAGUAGGAGGAGUAGGACUAGCAGGAGCAGAGUAUAGGAAGGAUCGAGAAGAAUGGAGCGAUACAGCGAUUGUUUGCUUGCUAGAAGCUUAUACUGAGAAGUUCACGCAACUGAAUCGGGGGAAUCUGAGGGGAAGAGAUUGGGAGGAGGUAGCAUCGGUGGUGAGUGAACGGUGUGAGAAUCAAUCGAAGAGUGUAGAGCAGUGUAAGAACAAGGUUGAUAACCUGAAGAAACGGUAUAAGCUGGAGAGACACAGAAUGAACAAUGGUUGCAUUUCCGCCAGUCACUGGCCUUGGUUCAAGCAGAUGGAAAACAUCGUCGGAAAUUCCCUCCCUUCCAAAUUCGCAGACGAGGAUAAAGCCAUCGUUCCUGCUUCAAAUUCUCCUAGGCAGUCCAAGAGAUAUGGAAUGGCAACGUCCAACAGUGGAGGUCAAGUAAACAGCCUGAAGUCCAAAGCAUUGUCAAACCUUAGAUGGCGGAGAGUUGUUCUAAAAAUUAGUGGAUCAGCACUUACUGGAUCUGAUACCUGCAAUAUUGACCCUAAGGUGGCCAUGUUAGUUUCAAGUGAAGUUGCAAUUGCUUCCCGCCUUGGUGUCGAGAUAGCAAUUGUUGUCGGAGGUCGAAAUUUCUUCUGUGGAGAUGCAUGGGUAACUGCUACAGGUUUAGAAAGAUGUACUGCAUACCAAGUUGGGAUGAUGGCUACUGUGAUGAAUUCAUUACUGCUCCAAUCAACCCUCGAGAAGAUGGGUGUUCAGACUCGUGUUCAAACUUCAGUUUCAAUGCAGGAGUUUGCUGAACCAUACAAUAGGCAACGGGCCAUCAGGCAUCUUGAGAAAGGAAGAGUAGUUAUAUUUGGUGGCAUUGGUUUUGGUGCUGGCAAUCCACUUUUCUCAACCGACAUAGCUGCUGCUCUUCGAGCUUCAGAAGUUAAUGCUCAGGCUGUCCUCAAAGCUACUAACGUAGAUGGUGUAUAUGACUGCAACUCCCGAGACAAUAAUUUCACUUUCGAACACAUAUCCUUCAGGGAGCUAGUGUCUAGAGGUGUCACGUCUAUGGAUAUGUCAGCCUUGACAUUCUGUGAGGAAAAUGCCAUUCCAGUUGUAGUUUUUAAUCUAUUGGCACCUGGGAACAUCUCAAAAGCUUUAUGUGGAGAACAAGUUGGCACACUAAUUGACCAAACUGGAGCAAUAAGCUAACAAUUAAUUCAACCAAUUCCAUUAUUAUUAGGACAGUUAGAAUUAUUUAAGUCGAUCGAAUACUUGCCACCACUGAGAUGUUUGAAGAAGAAAAUAUCAAAUCUAGACUGGUUCAGUGUUAGUCGGCAAAGUUUGCGCAAACUGUAGAGCUGAAGUCGCAAAUAUCCUCUGCCUAUGUUGUUUAUGUGGUGGCUGUACUUUUAAUAUAUUUAUGUAAAAUGUAAAAAAGAAACGCCUCUGUAAAUUAUUCCUAGAUGAGUUGUAUCAUUGUAAUGUAUUAUCAGUAGCCUUCCUUGUUGGUAAAAUGCGAAGGGAUAUUGAGUAAUUCAACUCAUAUGUAACUGUCUAUUAUUGUAUUGCUAGUGUACCGAUAAUCACCUGGAAUAGAUAUUGAGUAAUUCAACUCAUAUGUAACUGUAUUAUUGUAUUGCUAGUGUGCCAAUAAUCACUUCGGUCAA